AUAGACUGCGGUGAGUGUUAGUGAUCACCUGUGAGGGGCUGUGUUGUGUUGUGUCUGACAGGAAGUGAGUCAGACGGGAUUAUAGAGUGGGCAGCAGAUACAGCAGUUAAUUGACUCAAGAUGUUUAGCAACACAUACAGUAAUGUAACAGAGGAGUUGGGUCGGCUCCACCUUGGGAAUGCCACCCCUCAGCAGUAUUCUCCUGGAGGUGGAAAAAAAGUUGCACCAGUUGUUCCUCCUAAACCAAAAAAGCCUUCUGCUCAGUCUGCAUCACAGAUCCCAUUACAUGAUGACGACACAAGUGGGCAGGCUCUGUAUGGCAACGUGGGCAUGGUCGGCGCCCAUGUUCCCACCGUGUCUCAUGCUGGCGUUGAGGACUAUUACGCUGUCAACGCUCCCGCCCCAGGCACCGUAGGAGUAGCGUCAGCCCUCAUCAAUCACGCCUACACUAGUGGCGGAGGCCAGGACAUGCCGGUGCCCACUGGCGGGCAGGACUUUAGCGGGAUUGUCAUUCCUGGCGCCGUAUAUACAAGCAGCACUGGUCAGGUCCCCACGGGCGGGUUGGGUGGGAACAUCAACUAUACGCCACCCCCACCUCAGCCCGCUCACAGCUACACGCGCACCUCACAUGUGGCGGUGCCCAUGAGUGCACAGCCCCUUUACUCCAACACCGCCUCACAGCCCAUCUAUAACAAUUCACCGCGGCCGCAACAACACGCUUUCAGCGGAGACCAGUCACCGCCCCCGCCCCUUCCCACACAGCCGCCGCCCGUACAGCACCAGGCUGCCCCCACCUACGCCAACAUGAGCACCAACGGUGCUCCGUAUCCUCCUUCGCAGACCCUCUACGCCAACGAGGACGCCGGUUCCGGUCUGGCACAGUACGCGACCUUCGGACCCGACGACGACUUCCCUCUGCCGCCCCCAGACGAGGCCCCGCCGCCCCCAUCGCCGCCCUCGCCAGUCUCCUCUUCCUACUCAGAGCUGCGCCGCGCCACGCCCUCCACACACGCCCCAGCACACCAUAACGGCGGCGGUCCUCAUACCCCUACCCAGCAGCAACAACAACAUGGCGGCAAUUAUGGAACUUACACCCCUGGAUCACACACUAGUUCUACUUACGAAUCUAUUUACGAACCCAUCACUCCACGACCCUCAAGUCAAAUGUCCAACAAGUCAGGGUACAGCCUCUAUGGGCCCUAUACUUCACCACGGGCCAGAGGUUUGGCUCCAGCACCCACUAAUCAACCAUUGCUCAAUCCUGAUAAAGUUGGCAAAGAAGCAGAAGUGGAUGCUCUCACCAGCCUUCUAGUGCAGUCCAUGGACAGUACCAAUGACCCAGAGUUCUUUGGUGCGUAUGACUCGUGUAUCUGCACCCGAUGUGGGGAGAAAGUAGUGGGUGAGGGGACGGGUUGCACGGCAAUGGAACAAGUGUACCACAUCAAGUGUUUUAUUUGCAUCGUGUGUCAUCUCCAGCUGCAGGGCAAACCCUUCUAUGCUCUCGACUCCAAACCUUACUGUGAAGACUGCUACUUAAACACGCUGGAAAAGUGCUGUGUCUGUACCAAGCCCAUCCUGGACCGAAUUCUACGUGCAACAGGAAAGCCGUAUCAUCCACAAUGCUUCACAUGUGUUGUCUGUAACAAGUCUCUUGAUGGCAUUCCAUUCACAGUUGAUGCUUCCAACCAGAUUCACUGCAUAGAUGACUUCCAUAAAAAGUUUGCUCCUCGGUGCACUGUGUGUAAAGAACCCAUCAUGCCUGAACCAGGAAAGGAUGAAACUGUCAGAGUUGUGGCCCUGGAUCGCUCAUUCCAUGUCAACUGCUACAAGUGUGAGGACUGUGGGUUGGUGUUGUCUUCAGAAGCUGAAGGUCGUGGAUGCUACCCUCUAGAUGGACAUGUACUGUGCAAGAGUUGCAAUGCCCGGAGAGUACAGGCCAUUACUUCUAAAGUCACCACAGAUCUGUAGAAGACAUAUGUUCUCAUUUCCUUCCUUCUAUUCUUAUGUUAACCAUCAUUUAUUGCAAUACUCAUUAUUCAUUUUUUCUUGAAUCAUAAGUUCACAAAAAACAUGCACAUGGAAUAAUACUUGCAUUGUACUUACUGCUUACUUUUAAGACAUGGAAUAACCUACUUAUUGUAUCACAGAAGCAUGAAAUUAGUUAAAAUAGCAUGAUUGCCAUGCAACACAGUCUAAACUCUUUGGUAGUAAGUUCUUUGUAAGAAUAUCUUGGUUUCUGAGUAUAUCCAUGAUAUGACUUAUGAUUUUUUUAAGACAUGAUCUAACUUUUAUUCUUUAUGUGUAAUAUUACUACUGUAAUGUAUUAUUUAAAUAGAUUAGUUCAAUUUUUGUUAUUUAUGUUUGUAAUUUUUCAAGUAUUAUUCACAGUUGAUUCUAUAUGGAAAAAUAAUGUGAAGGUCAUUUUGAGUUUUACCAUGAUCUCCAUUCAUGGUUUUAAAAGAAGUUUGACGAUAAAAUGUUUAUCAGCACUGCAGUAUUUGAUGAUGAAUGCUUAUCACUGUCCCACUUUCAUUAUUAUACGUAGUCAUGUAAUCAUAUCUGUGUAAGAUGUUUUGGUAUCUAAAUUGUGAAUAAAUUCCACUUUAUUGUACAUGUACUGUACAGUCGGCCACAAGAAUAAGUAUACAAUACACCUACUGUUCGUGUUUGAGACAAAAUAUCUGGUAACACUGUCCUGAACAGAACAAACAAAAUUACAAAAUGUUUUAU